AUGGCGCUGCGGCGGGGCGGCGGCGGGGCGCCGGGACGGCUGCUGUUGCUGCUGGGAGCCGCGUGCCUGAUCCCGCCGAGCGCGCAGGUGAGGCGGCUGGCGCGCUGCCCCGCCACUUGCAGCUGUACCAAGGAGUCCAUCAUCUGCGUGGGCUCCUCCUGGGUGCCCAGGAUCGUGCCGGGCGACAUCAGCUCCCUGAGCCUGGUAAAUGGAACGUUCUCGGAAAUCAAGGACCGAAUGUUUUCUCAUCUGCCUUCCCUGCAGCUGCUAUUGCUGAAUUCUAACUCAUUCACAGUCAUCCGGGAUGAUGCUUUUGCUGGACUUUUUCAUCUUGAAUACCUGUUCAUUGAAGGGAACAAGAUAGAAACCAUUUCAAGAAACGCCUUCCGUGGCCUUCGUGACCUGACUCACCUUUCUUUGGCCAAUAAUCACAUAAAAGCACUCCCAAGGGAUGUCUUCAGUGAUUUAGACUCUCUGAUUGAACUAGAUUUAAGGGGCAAUAAGUUUGAAUGUGACUGCAAAGCCAAGUGGUUGUAUCUAUGGUUGAAGAUGACAAAUUCCACUGUUUCUGAUGUCCUGUGUAUCGGUCCACCAGAAUAUCAGGAAAAGAAGCUGAAUGACGUGACCAGCUUUGACUACGAAUGCACAACUACAGAUUUUGUUGUUCAUCAGACUCUGCCCUACCAGUCGGUUUCAGUGGAUACGUUCAACUCCAAGAAUGAUGUGUACGUGGCCAUCGCUCAGCCCAGCAUGGAGAACUGCAUGGUGCUGGAGUGGGACCACAUCGAAAUGAAUUUCCGGAGCUAUGACAAUAUUACAGGUCAGUCCAUCGUGGGCUGUAAGGCCAUCCUCAUCGACGACCAGGUCUUUGUGGUGGUGGCCCAGCUCUUCGGCGGCUCUCACAUUUACAGAUACGACGAGAGCUGGACCAAGUUUGUCAAAUUCCAGGACAUAGAAGUCUCUCGCAUUUCCAAGCCCAACGACAUCGAGCUGUUUCAGAUCGAGGACGAGACGUUCUUUGUCAUCGCAGACAGCUCCAAAGCCGGUCUGUCGACCGUGUAUAAAUGGAACAGCAAAGGAUUCUACUCGUACCAGUCUCUGCACGAGUGGUUCAGGGACACAGAUGCCGAGUUUGUAGAAAUAGACGGCAAAUCACACCUGAUCCUGUCCAGCCGCUCGCAGGUCCCCAUCAUCCUCCAGUGGAAUAAAAGCUCUAAGAAGUUUGUCCCCCACGGCGACAUCCCCAACAUGGAGGAUGUGCUGGCCGUGAAGAGCUUCAGGAUGCAGAAUGCCCUCUACCUUUCCCUCACCCGCUUCAUCGGGGACUCUAGGGUCAUGAGGUGGAAUAGUAAGCAGUUUGUGGAGAUCCAGGCUCUCCCAUCCCGGGGGGCCAUGACCCUGCAGCCCUUUUCUUUUAAAGAGAAUCACUACCUGGCCCUGGGGAGUGACUAUACGUUCUCCCAGAUAUACCAGUGGGAUAAAGAGAAGCAGCUCUUCAAAAAAUUUAAGGAGAUUUAUGUGCAGGCGCCUCGUUCCUUCACAGCCGUCUCCACUGACAGGAGAGAUUUCUUUUUCGCGUCCAGUUUCAAAGGGAAAACAAAGAUUUUUGAACACAUAGUUGUUGACUUAAGUUUGUGAAGGUGUGAUUGGUGAAUUUAAAAGACGCGUAGCUUUAGCUGUCACAGAGAGGACCAAGGGGGGAAGAAGAGCCAGGUUCACAGGUCUGAAAUUACAAAUGCACUGGGGAAAUAGUUAGAAGUUUUCAAACUUUUAGAACUCAUAUUUUAAUCAGGGAUUGCAUUUGUUGGCUAACUGCAUGACAUGUCCAUUCUCCCACUUAAAAAGACAUCUGAAAGCCUGUAAUUACUGAGAAAAGAGUACAACGUUAACUCUUACCAUCUAGGGAAAUAAUGCGCCUUUUUUUCUUUUUAAUGAGGAAGGAGAAAAUCAGAUAAGAUGGGACAGCUCUUAGAAUGAAAUAAAAACAACAAAAAGACCAAA